AGGGGUCACUGGGAAGUGUAGUCUCCGAGGCGGAGGCGUCAGAGAAGCGGGCACGUCAGGGCGAGAAGCUUCACCUGGGACCCUCUACGUGUUUUGCGAACGUGGUUUUAAGAAACAAUACCGGAUCCAGGUGCCGCGGUGGUAGUUCUUUAGUGAUCGGGGCACGUUACCUAGACACAGCUCCCUGGAAGGCCAAUGGCUGUUGUGGGCGGUCAGGGCGCGUGUGGUUGCGUGGAGCAUCCUGGGAGGGGUAGUCCCGGCGCCACGCCGAGGAUGCUGGGUAGUGUAGUCCCGGCAACCUACAGAAGUAGGUCCCCAGCUGGUGGCUGGAGUGACCCCUUGUUCUUUGGUGGAGCUGGUGAGUGAGCCUCCUGCGGGACCCUUGCGGCAACCGUGCCAUCCCUUCCUGGCGCGCGGCAAGCCCCUGCCUACCUGCCCAUCUAGGACUGCCCGGUGGGCAAAGAGAGGACUCUUGGGCUCCUGACAGUCCAGCUUCAGGUGGGGACCCCUUUCCUGUUUGCAUGCCGAACCACGAUCUGCCUUCUGAGAUAUCCUUCUUUAGGGAUACCAGGAAAAAUGGCCACAGGGUCCCGGAAAGCCAGGGUAAUGAAAUGGGGCACCAUUAUUACAACCCCCACUGGCUGAAGUAGGAGCUUUAAAGAACCAGAUCCUUGGAAGUUUAUUCCCCUUUAUUUUUUUCCUUUUUCAUCUUUUUCAUCAGACAUUUCAAGACUAGAACAUCCAAAACGAUUGCACUUGCAGGGGAUUUAGAAAGUUACCAUGCAUGCCCAUGGAAAGGCACAGGAUCAGAAAAGCAUAAGAAAGACCUGAGAAAACCCUAAGUUUAUACCUCAGGCUGAAUCCCAGCAGAGACAGCCUACCACAAGUUUAAAACCACCCAGUAGAUACCUGGGAAUCUGAAUGCGAAUGUUGCCAUAUUAUAAGAUUCAGAUAUCCAGUCUUCCACAAAAAGUCAUGAAGCAUACAAAGAAAAAGGACAAUAGAGUCCAUUCAGAGGGGAAAAAAUCAAUAGAAAACUAUCCCCAAUAAAGGCCAGAUGGUGGGACUUACUAGACAAAGACUUUAAAACAGAUGUCUUCAAGAUUCUCUGACCUAAAGGAAGACAUGAACAAAAUUGAGAAAAUUAUAUUAGGACAACAUAGAAAUAGAGACAGAAGAUAUAAAAAGCAACUAAGAAGCUCAACAAACUCCAAGUAGGAUAAAUUGUCAAAGAGACUCACACCACAAUACAGUGUAACCAAACCCUUGAAAGCCAAAGGCAACAGAGAAUCUCAAAAGUAUCAAGAGAGAAGCAACUUGUCACAUACAAAGGGUCCUUUAAAAUCUAUCAGCAGAUUUCUAAUCAGGAACUGUGGAAGCCAGAAGACAAUGCAUUGAUAUAUUCAGUGCUGAAAGAAAAAACUGUCAACUAGGAAUUCUAUAUCCAGCAAAACUUCAAAAGUAAGGGAGAAAUCAAGACAUUCCCAGAAAAAGAAAAGGUGAUACAGUUUGCAGCCACCAGACUUACCUUGCAAGAAAUGCUAAUGGAAGGCUUUCAGGUUGCAAUGAAAGGAUACUAGACGGUUAGUUGAUGAUGUAUGAAGAGAUAAAGUUCUACAGUAAAGGCACACAUGGCAUUCAGAGAUGUGGCUGUGAAUUUCAGCCAGGAAGAGUGGAUGCUGCUGAGCCCUGCUCAGAGAUCCCUGUACAGGGAGGUGAUGCUGGAGAACUACAGCAACCUGGUCUCACUGGGAAUUCCAUUUUCUAAGCCAAAACUUAUCACCCAGCUGGAGCAAGGGAAGGAAAGCUGGAGAGAGGAGGGGAAAUGCUCACCAGCCCUCUGUCCAGCAGAACCAAAGCCAGAACUCCACCUCUGUCCUCUCUGCCCUUCGGAUUUUUCCAGUCAGAAACGCCACACGCAACACAUGCUGUGUAAUCACCCACCCUGGGUCUUCGCAUGCCUGUGUGCAGAAACUCAUGUUGACCCAGGGGAUCCGUGCCCAGGGGCCCAGAAGCAGCAGCAACAUGCCUCUGAUCCAGAGCCCUGGAGUGAUAAAGCGGAAGGUCAAGAGAGAGAAGUUGCCAAGCCUUUGUUUGGCAAGACAAAGAAAAGGACUUCGGGAGCAUUCUCUAGGCCACCCCAAAGGCAGCCAGCCAGCUCUCGGAGUGGCGUCAGAGGCAUGGAAAUAGGGUCUAGCCCCGUUCCGACAGGGAACCCUGAGGAGGCCGACCGACUGUUGAAGAGGAUAGAAGUUUUAGGAUUUGGAACGGUCAACUGUAGAGAGUGUGGCCUGGGCUUCAGCAAGAUGACAAACCUGCUCAGUCACCAGAGGAUUCACUCCGGGGAGAAGCCAUAUGUGUGUGGCGUGUGUGAGAAGGGCUUCAGUCUGAAGAAGAGCCUCGCCAGGCACCAGAAGGCCCACUCGGGGGAGAAGCCGAUUGUGUGUAGGGAGUGCGGCCGAGGAUUCAACCGCAAGUCCACGCUCAUCAUCCAUGAGAGGACCCACUCGGGUGAGAAGCCAUACAUGUGCAGUGAGUGCGGGCGAGGCUUUAGUCAGAAGUCAAACCUCAUCAUACACCGGAGGACACACUCGGGGGAGAAGCCCUACGUGUGCCGGGAGUGUGGGAAAGGCUUUAGCCAGAAGUCUGCUGUCGUUAGACACCAGAGGACACACUUGGAGGAAAAGACCAUCGUGUGCAAUGAUUGUGGACUAGGCUUCAGUGACCGGUCGAACCUCAUCUCACACCAGAGAACACACUCCGGGGAGAAGCCUUACGCCUGCAAAGAGUGUGGGCGCUGCUUUAGGCAGAGGACGACCCUUGUCAACCACCAGAGGACACACUCCAAAGAGAAGCCUUAUGUGUGUGGAGUGUGUGGGCACAGCUUUAGCCAGAAUUCAACCCUCAUCUCACACAGGCGGACACACACCGGGGAGAAGCCUUAUGUGUGCGGGGUGUGUGGGCGCGGCUUUAGUCUGAAGUCACACCUCAACAGGCACCAGAACAUUCACUCAGGGGACAAGCCCAUUGUGUGCAAGGAUUGUGGGCGAGGCUUCAGCCAGCAGUCAAACCUCAUCAGACACCAGAGGACACACUCAGGGGAAAAGCCCAUGGUGUGUGAGGAGUGCGGGCGAGGCUUCAGCCAGAAGUCAAACCUCGUUGCACACCAGAGGACACACUCAGGGGAAAAGCCGUACGUGUGCAGAGAGUGUGGGCGGGGAUUCAGUCACCAGGCAGGUCUCAUCAGGCACAAGAGGAAGCACUCAAGGGAGAAGCCUUACAUGUGCAGGCAGUGUGGCCUAGGAUUCAGCAACAAGUCAGCUUUAAUCAUACAUAAACGGGUACAUUCAGAAGAGAAACCUUGUGUGUGCCGAGAGUGUGGCCAAGACUUUAUCCAGAAGUCACACCUCCUCUUACAUCAGAUGACACACCAGGGGGAGAAGCCUUAUGUGUGCAAGAUGUGCGACAAAGGCUUCAGCCACAAGUCCCAUCUCAGCAGACACAGGAGGAUGAAAUCUGUCCACUACAAACUGCCACUCCCGCCUGACCCUGAGGCCUGUGCAGGGCAGUCUUCUGACCUCUUACACUCUCUUUGAAAGCGAAGAUGGUAGUGUGGACUGAAUCAUCAAAAUUGUUAUACUUUGAUGAAAUGGGGUAAGAAGUACACUCCAUAAGUGGUCAAAGGACAUUUGACUUAGCUUUCUCCACACUUAAGUCUUCAUAUUUUAUGGCCUUUUGUUCUAAUAAACAUUGAUUGCUUCUUUACAUAUCUGUAA